AUGACCGAUCGUCUUUUCGUCACCUCCUUUUGGGUCGUACACGCCCUCGUUGCUAUCGCUUCUGUCGUCAGAGGCCAGCAGCGGCAGCAACAGCAGCGAUGGCAGUUGCCCAUCGACCCCGAUUCUGAGCGUGAUUUUCUUGACAGGCGCGUUGCAAGCAGCCAAGCUAGGGUCUGGUCCUUCUCGACGUAUGAGCAGCAUCGGCGUCCCUUUCCCUUGCAAUCCAAUCAGAACACGACCACAGAGUCCAUCUUCGGCAACGACGACUCGACUCCCAUCAAUGAUCCCGCGUCCGCCCCUUUCGUUGCCAACGCUGCCCCGUCCGGCUUGAAGUGGUCGCUGUCCAAUACCAACGGCUCAAUCCAGGUCGGCGCUCUCUUCCCGUCGCUGGCUCAUCUCGAUCUGCUCCGUGCUGGCAUCAUUCAGGACACAGCCAUCGGCUUCAAUGAAGGUCUCAAUCGCUGGGUGGCCGAGGAGCCAAUCUGGUUCUACACUGCCGAUCUCCAGCCCGUCAUAGCACAGAUCGAAGCCUCUCACAACCUCACCGAGUCCCCGCACGAGUACUGGCUCUACUUCGAAGGCCUUGAUACCAUCGCACAGGUCUUCGUCGGCGGCAAGCCGGUCGGCGAGACCCACAAUCAGUUCAAAUGGCAUGCAUUCCGCGUCCCUUUGGACCGUGUGGAGCGUUUCAGCAGAGACACCAACAUCACUCUUGUCUUUCAGAACGUCGACGAUUACGCCUCUCAGCAAGCUGCACAGCAUGAUCCAGGUUAUCCGAACCAGGUCGAAAGCCCUACUCAACCUCGCACCUCCGAUUACGAGUACCCCGGCCGAAUCUUUCUGCGCAAGCAGCAGGCAGAUCUCGGCUGGGAUUGGGGCCCAGCGUUGGUUCCCAGAGGACCCGAAAGACGCGCUUACUUGAUCUCGCUGCCCAUCUCUGGUCCCGAAUCUGGCACUGGAGUAGCUCGCACCCAAGCCGAUGAGGAUGCGUCGCACGCACAAGAUAAGCCGUCAGUCCUGGUCAUCGCGGCUGCUUUCGACGUUUAUCGCAAAGGUCAGACCAACAAUCUGCCUCCUCCCGACCCUGACGCCAACUGGAUCGUCAACGUCACUCUCACUCUUCUGUCAGGUGCCGACGUCAAGUCGCCCUCGCUGCGUCUCUCGAUCCCUGAAUUGGGCCUUUAUACUUUCGAUGCGUUGCUCUCCUCCUCAACAGUGUCGGCUGGACUCAAUGCGCCUGUUCAUGUCGCAUUCGAGAUUCCAAGCGGUGGAAAAUAUGGUCCAGAGCUGUGGUGGCCCAGAGGCUACGGCGACCAGAAGCUCUACGACGUUGUGGUUCAGAGUGAUGACCUGCUGAUCCAGGUGCAAAAGCGUGUCGGAUUCCGCACCGCCUUCUUCGAUCUCUCGACCAUUUCGCAGGAAGAAGUCGAACAAGGAGUGCAGCCAGGAUCCAACUUCCGGCUCUUUGUCAACGGUCGAGAAAUUUAUGUUAUGGGCACCAACGUGAUCCCCUUCGACACGCUCAGUCCCCGCAUCAAUCCAGACUACCUCCGAUGGGUGCUCGAGUCGGCCGCCAGCUCCCACGUGAACUUGAUCCGCAUCUGGGGCGGAGGCUCUUACCCCUCACAGGCGCUGCUCGAUUUGUGCGACGAGAUGGGCAUGAUGGUUUGGAUGGACGCCAUCUUUGCUGCUUCGCUCUAUCCUUACUACCAAGAUUUCCUCACCGAGGUGAGCAGCGAGAUCGCUCAGGUGAUGGUCGACGUCGUCACACAUCCCAGCAUCGUCGCUGUCGUGGGUAACAAUGAGGGCGAACUCUACUUCUUGGGCGCUUAUGGCAAAAGACCGCAGGAUCCUGAGUGGUUCAACGGCUACGAGCUCUUGUUCAACCACGUCAUUCGAGAUCGCGUCAAGGAGUUCAGCAGAGGUCUGUCGUACUUUCCCUCCUCCACCACGACGGGCUACCUCCAGUUGGAUCCGUACAUUGGCAGAUACGCCAACUACACGCGCGGUGUCGAGCUGCACGGUACAGGCGAGCAUUAUGGCUACGAUGCGCAGAAGGCCUUUGACAUCAAUACCUAUCCCCGCAGUCGAUUCAUGGUCGAGUUUGGAAUGUUUUCACUGCCGUCGAUCUACACGUUGGAUCGCGUGCUGGCUCCACUGGGCAUCAACGACAAGGUUUACUCGAUCAACUCUUCGGUUCUACGUGCGCACCUCAAGCAUCCGCCCGCCGGUAACUUGACGUAUCCCUUUGCGGCAGACGUUGGCCAGCGCGAACUGCUGUCGGCCAUCAGCACCUACUUCCCCGUACCCUCGACUAGCUUGGCUCCUCGCCAGGAGUUGCAUCAGUAUACUCUAUCCAGUCAGCUCUACCAGGCGGUCUAUGUGUCGAACCAGAUCUCGGUGUAUCGCCGACAGGCUGGAAGACGCGAGCGCAACCGCGGUGUGGUCGUGUGGCAACUCAACGAUAUUUGGGAGGGGACGAGCUGGAGUAGCAUCGAAUACACGGGACGCUGGAAGGUUGCCAACUAUGUAUAUUCGGAGGUGCAAGCUCCAGUAGCGGCGCUGGCCGUGUACAAUGUGACUGGCGAUACGUUGGAGGUGGAUGUUGCAUACAGCGGUGCCUUUGAGUCGGUCGAGCAGCAGCAGCUGCAGUUGGAAAAGGAAGUGGUCACUGUCAGUAUGGAGUGGUUCGACUUUACAGGCAAGCGCUUGCAUGAUAGCGAACAGGUUGACGUCGCCUACAACGUCACGUCCCCCGGAUCCAAGACGGUCUCUACGAUUCGCGAUCCGACGCGAUCGAAGUGUACGGGUCGCGAUGGAUGCUACCUGCGCCUCACGUGCAGCGGCUCCGUGUCGGAAACCAACGUGUAUUGGACGCCUCUUCGAAACUUGACUUCCACCCUGCGCCAUUUGCACGACAAGCACAUGCUUCCCCAACUCCAGCUUACGUUGCCCAGAGACGGAGGAUGGAACGUCCAGAUUCGCAACACGGGCAACGCGACUGCGCCCUUUGUGGUUGUAGAGCAAGGUUCGGAAUACGUCGGAUACUUUGCCGAAUGUAGCAGCAGCGACGGUGGUGGUGUUUGUCAACCCCGCAAUGCGUUCUGGCUGAACCCUGGCGAGUCGAAAGUCUUGACGUUUAUCCGACCCACCAUCACCUCAGAGCAGGACGGCAACGAGGAGGAGGACGACGACGAUGAGCAAGGAAGAGAAGAAUGGUUCGAGACGCUCAGCGCUUGGUCGCUGUUUGACAAUCUUUGA